UCGCACGUCGCCAUCUGGCGAACGAACCGAUAGUCAGUCCUGUCAAAAUGGCGCUUAAGGGACAAGUCGGUCAAAAGAUUAUGAACGAGGUGAUCAAGCAAAAGAAGAAGUCAACAGGUGGGGUAGAAUGGCGAAUCUUGGUAGUGGAUCAGCUUGCAAUGAGAAUGGUGUCCGCUUGCUGCAAGAUGCACGAUAUCAGCGCUCAGGGUAUCACCCUGGUGGAGGAUAUCAAUAAGAAGCGCGAACCUCUGCCAACGAUGGAAGCCAUUUACCUCAUUACGCCUUGUAAUUCGUCGGUGCAGAAAUUGAUCGAUGACUUCAGUAAUCCGACAAGAACAACUUACAAAGUCGCCCAUGUAUACUUUACAGAAGCAUGCCCUGACGAGUUGUUCAAAGAAUUGUGUCACUCGCUGGUAGCUAAGCACAUAAAGACACUAAAAGAGAUCAACAUCGCUUUCAUACCAUAUGAAGAACAGGUCUUCUCGUUGGACUCGCGUGAAACUUUCGCUUGCUUUUACAACCCCUCUUUCUUUAAUCUGAGGUCAGCCAAUAUGGAGCGUAUUGCUGAACAAAUUGCAACACUUUGCGCCACACUUGGAGAAUAUCCAUCAGUUAGAUAUCGCAGUGACUUCGACCGCAAUGUUGAACUCGCUCAAUUGGUGCAACAGAAACUAGAUGCAUACAAAGCUGAUGAACCAACAAUGGGAGAAGGACCUGAGAAAGCUCGUUCUCAAUUAUUGAUUUUAGAUAGAGGAUUUGAUUGCGUCUCACCUUUACUACAUGAACUUACACUGCAAGCUAUGGCAUAUGAUUUACUAGACAUUGAUAAUGAUGUCUACAGGUUUGAGGCAACAGCGGGUCAAGAAAAAGAAGUAUUGUUGGAUGAAAAUGAUGAUUUAUGGGUUGAACUCAGGCAUCAACAUAUUGCCGUAGUCUCUCAGAACGUCACUAAAAAUUUGAAAAAGUUUACAGAAUCAAAAAGAAUGCCGCAGGGCGAUAAGCAAAGUAUGCGAGACUUGUCGCAAAUGAUCAAAAAGAUGCCGCAAUAUCAAAAAGAAUUGAGCAAAUAUGCUACACACUUACAAUUAGCCGAAGAUUGCAUGAAGCGUUAUCAAGGAAAUGUAGAUAAACUUUGUAAAGUGGAGCAAGACUUAGCCAUGGGUACUGAUGCAGAAGGCGAACGUAUCAAAGAUCACAUGAGGAAUAUCACACCGAUUUUACUUGAUCAGACUGUAAAUCAUUUGGAUAAAUUACGCAUUAUAGCUUUAUAUGUCAUUAGCAAAAACGGCAUUACCGAUGAGAAUCUUAAUCGUUUAGUUCAUCACGCCCAAGUAUCUGUUGAUGAUAAACAGACUAUUGUCAAUAUGGCAAAUCUCGGCAUUAAUGUUGUUGUAGAUAGCAAUCGUAAAAAGUUAUAUACGGUACCACGCAAGGAAAGAAUCACAGAGCAAACUUACCAAAUGAGCCGUUGGACGCCAAUCAUCAAGGACGUUAUGGAGGAUUCCAUUGAAGAUAAACUUGAUUCUAAACAUUUCCCGUUUCUUGCCGGCCGUGCAGCUAGUUCAGGAUAUCAUGCACCAACCAGCGCACGAUAUGGACACUGGCACAAAGACAAAGGUCAACAGACUAUCAAAAACGUUCCUCGUUUGAUUGUUUUUAUAGUUGGAGGAAUGUGCUUCUCUGAAAUACGAUGUGCGUAUGAAGUUACGAACGCAUUAAAAAAUUGGGAAGUCAUAAUCGGUUCAUCCCAUAUAAUUACACCAAAAUCAUUCCUGAAUGAUUUGAGUAAACUACACGUCUAAAUGAUUGAUAUUUAACAAAAAGAGAUAACAUUCCUGAAUUCUUAAUUUGCCAUUAGCUUCAAUUCCAUCAGUAAUACCAUUUAUGAAGCCAUGAAUGAUCUCGAGAUAUAAAAUUAGGUUAUUUAACUAAAUAACGAACACAGAGUCAAUUCUCUUUAAGCGAAAGCAUUUCGGGCAGAAAUUAAGCAAGUAUCUCGUUGUCAGUUGAAUAACAAUGAAAGUAUUCGUGUAUUAAUAAGAGCACGAAGAAUCUUCGAUCAGACCGAGUUAUCAAGUGCCUGCGCGAAUACAUAAUCAGAAAUCGUAUGAAACAUUUUGGCAAUAUUGAUAUAAAUCGCACGAAGCUGUCUAAUCGAGCCUUUCAAUGGUAUCGUAAUCGAGUCUAGCAAAGCUCUAGAAAUGUAUUAUCAUUAUUCUUUAUCAGGAAUAAAAAGGAAUUUAUGAAGCUGUAUUUUCACAGAAAAGGAUCGUGAUAUUCCUAUACAUUUCUUGUUAUUAGUAUUUUGUUUUUUUUUCCUCGUUUAAAUUUAUCAUAACUCAUUUAAAUUGACAUUAUGUGGAAAUUGUUUUUGUUCUCAAGCAUACUUUUACUUCUUCUAAAAAAUUCUAUUAUAAUAGAGAGACAUUAAAUCUAUAAAUGUCAUGACACAUUUGACUUAAUUCUCUUUAAAUGUAUUAUCGAUGUAACAAUGAUAUAAAGUUAUUUAUUCGAUAUUAUUAUUUCUUAAAUCUCUAAUUAAUGGUAUUGAAUGUAAAAUAAAAUCGCUAUAUAUACAGACACUCGCUAGAUGUAUACAGCCUGACACUUAUUCUUCCUUUGUUAACUUAUUUAUCUGUACUUUCAUCGGUUUAUGCACUCUUAUACACUCUUCAGUUUAUCAAUUGCCAAUUCAGAUGCUAUAUUUAAUGUAAUUUAUAAAUAUAUAAUAUUCAACGAUAUAUGAAAAAAUGUUCAGCUCUCUCUUUGACAAAUUCGAUUAGUAUUGCUUUUGUUGAAUAUAGUACAACAAUUAUAAUGUACUAGUAUUUAUCGCAAUCGUUGUUCUCGCAACAGUUGUGAUAAAGAAACGCUUUCCAAUCAGAAACUUGCGUUUGUCAAUGAAUAAUACUGGUAAUAAUUAUUAAUGUAAUGUCGAUAAAUGUUGCGAUCUACUAACGGAGAGAUUAUUAUAAAGUUAAACGAUAUUUAUAAAGUAUAUCCUGUUAUAAUAUAUGUAUGUAUGUAGAUUAUAGAUUGAGCAAUGUUCUACUUAUAAAGGCCUAUGAUGCGCUCUACUCUUGAGUCUCUUUUUAAUUAUUACUAUGCCACAUCUAUGCCAAUUGAACACAGAAUUAUAAGAGAAUAUGAUAGAAAAUAAAUAUGAUAGAAAAAAA